AAUGAUGUUUCUCUAAGCUUAAUUGAAAUUGAAAUCCGUACAUUUUUGUUGUUCAUUGCAGAAGCACAAGUUACUCGGAGAAAAAUAAAAAUGAAGUUUGGGAAAGAAUUAGUCUCACAAAUGGUGCCAGAAUGGGAAGAAGCAUACAUGGAUUACAACUCUCUCAAAGCUACUCUGAAACACAUGUCAUGGUUUAAGGAGUCAAAAGAGUCAGCAGCACCAAUGGCAUCCACUCCAAAAGGGUCUCUGAAGAGAAGGUUAACACUCUACAGAGCCUUCAGUGGUCUUACAGGCACACAAAGAGGGUCUCCUAGGAAGAGUGAUGAUGAAGUUAUACUUGUUCGUGCUGAGGAGGGUGAAGGUUCAGAAGGGUUGUACCAGACCAUGUUCCUCAAGAGCUCUGAAGAGGGGGCAGAACAAGAUCUUGUGUUUUUCAAGAAACUUGAUUGUGAGUUUAACAAGGUCAAUAGCUUCUACAAGAAGAUGGUGAAGGAAAUGGUUCAUGAGGCAGAAGAGUUGAGCAAGCAAAUGAAUGUUCUCAUUGCUCUCAGAAUAAAGGUGGAUAAGGUGGGGUUCGGAAAUCUUGGUAGCAAUGAAAUCUCAACUUCAACUUCAAUGAAUGCCAGACAUGGUCAUUCACGUGUGCACAUGGAUGUGAUUCAUGAAGUUGAGAUGAGCGAUGGAAGGCAUUUGGAAGACAGAAAAGGAAAUCAUGAGAAGCAAACAAUGGAGGGCUUUAGACCAGCUUCAUUGGAGAUCCUUGAUCAUGUGAAGAUCAACAUGAACACACCAGAAACUCCUAUAUCAACCAUAAAAGGGCUUCUCUCGAGUCCAAACUCUGAACAGUCAUUUAGCAAGAGAGAUCUCAGGAAAGCUGAGGAACAAAUAAGCAUAGCCUUAAAGGAAUUCUAUCAUAAGCUUCGGCUUCUCAAAAGCUAUAGCUUCCUAAACUUGUUGGCGUUCUCAAAAAUCAUGAAGAAGUAUGACAAGGUCAGUUCAAGGAAUGCAUCAAAGGAUUACUUAAACAUGGUGGACAGUUCAUAUGUUGGAAGCUCAGAUGAGGUUAAUAGGCUCAUGGAAAGGGUGGAGCAUGCCUUCAUUAAGCACUUCGCAAAUGGGAAUCACAGAAAAGGAAUGAACACAUUGAGACCAACUACUAAGAAGGAAAGGCAUAGAAUUACAUUCUUAUUGGGGUUGUUUACUGGCUGCUCAAUUGCCCUCAUUGUGGCACUUACCAUAAUCAUACAUGCAAGAAAUAUUCUAUACAGCAAGGGUCGUACUAGAUAUAUGGAAAACAUAUUUCCUCUUUAUAGUCUCUUUGGAUACAUAGUCUUGCAUAUGAUCAUGUACUCUGCAAAUGUAUACCUCUGGAGGCGUUAUAAAAUCAACUACUCCUUUAUAUUUGGCUUCAAGGAAGGAACAGAAUUGGGAUACAGAGAAGUCUUUCUUCUUAGUUCUGGCCUUGCGGUACUCUCCUUGGCUGCAGUUCUCUCAAACUUGGAUAUGGAGAUGGACCAGAGAACAAAAAGUUUCUCAGAAUUGACAGAACUAGUCCCUUUAGGCCUCGUCAUUGUUCUGCUUCUCAUAACAUUUUGUCCCUUCAACAUCAUAUAUAAAUCAAGCCGCUUCUUCCUUAUUCAGUGUGCAUUUCAUUGUUUUUGUGCUCCUCUUUAUAAGAUCAAUCUCCCAGACAAUUUCUUGGCCGACCAGCUUACCAGCCAGGUGCAGGCCUAUAGAAGUUUGGAAUUCUAUGUCUGCUACUAUUUCUGGGGAAACUUCAAGACUAGAUCAAACAAGUGCCUUGAAAGUGAUGUUUAUAAAGCAUUUUAUUUAAUUGUAGCAAUUAUUCCAUUCUGGAUCCGUUGUCUCCAGUGCUUUCGACGCUUACUCGAAGAAAAAAAUACAAUGCACGGGCUCAACGGGCUAAAAUACAUCUCAACAAUUGUAGCACUUGUCAUGAGGACUACUAAUGAGUUGCAUAGAGGAACUGUUUGGAAAAUUCUAGCAGCAACUUCUUCAAGCAUUGCAACGAUUGUUAACACAUAUUGGGAUAUUGUAAUAGAUUGGGGUUUGCUGAGAAGGAAUUCAAGAAAUCCAUGGUUGAGAGAAAAACUUUCUGUACCAAACAGAAGUGUAUAUUUUGUUGCUAUGGUGUUGAAUGUUAUACUGCGACUUGCUUGGAUGCAAUCUGUCUUAGGCAUUAGAGAAGCUCCAUUCCUGCAUAGAACAGCUUUGACUGCUCUUGUAGCUUGCUUAGAAAUUCUUCGCCGUGGCAUAUGGAAUUUUUUCAGGUUGGAGAAUGAGCACUUGAACAACGUUGGCAACUAUCGAGCAUUCAAAUCAGUACCCCUGCCUUUUAAUUAUGAAGAUGAUGAAGAGAAUUCGGUUAUAUAACCAUAUGCAUAUGUGGGAAUGAGGAGGAGGGAGCCAUGAAAAUGUAAAGAAUUUGUUUCAACUUUUAAAACACCCAAAUUUUCCUGGAUCAUUCAAAUUCAGAUGUUAGAUUUUUAUUUUUUACAAUA